AUGUUGACCGUGCGAACAUUGUCGUUUAAUGGAGGGCGGGCGCUGGAGCGCUCGCUGUCUAGUGUGGUGAAGCUGCCGUGCUUCCAGGACUUCGACGUCCAGAACGAGCCCAUUCUGGGUUAUCGUAAAGGUAGCACUGAACGCAACACGCUCAUACAGGAGCUGAAAAAUGUAGCCAGCAACACUGAAGAGGUUCCCAUUGUCAUUGGUGGCGAAAUCAUCAAGGAAGGCCCACCGGUCUAUCAGGCGAUGCCACACGAUCACUCAAAGAAGAUAGCUAAGUUUUAUUAUGCAAGUGAAAAAACUAUUGAGAAAGCUAUCAAAGUGAGUGUGGAGGCCCAAAAGCGUUGGGAUCGCACGACACUGGAGGAACGGCUGAGCAUCUGGGAUAAGGCUGCAGACCUAAUGGCAGGACAGUACAGGCAAAAACUCAACGCUGCUACUAUGCUGGGCCAGUCCAAAACAGUUAUACAAGCUGAAAUCGACUCAUCUGCAGAACUUAUUGAUUUCUUUAGAUUCAAUGCCUAUUUUCUAAAAGAAAAUGCUAAGUACCAGCCUAUCUCUGAAAAUGCCUCAGUAACCAGGAAUUCCCUCAGGUUCCGCGGAAUUGAUGGCUUCAUUGCAGCAAUCAGCCCAUUUAACUUCACUGCUAUAGGAGGCAACUUGGCAUACACCCCAGCACUUAUGGGCAACAGUGUAUUAUGGAAGCCAUCUGACACGGCUCUUCUAUCAAACUGGAUAAUAUUCAACAUAAUGCGAGAAGCAGGGUUACCUGAUGGAGUGGUAAACUUCGUUCCUGCUCAUGGACCUACAUUUGGUAAAACUAUCACAUCUUCUCCUUACUUAGCCGGUUUGAACUUCACUGGCUCUGUUGCCACAUUCAACUGGCUUUGGAAUGGCGUUGGUAAAAAUCUUGAUAAAUACCGUAACUAUCCUAGGCUGAUUGGAGAAUGUGGAGGUAAGAAUUAUCAUUUCGUGCAUCCAUCUGCUGAUAUACAGUCGGUUGUGAUGGGAACUGUUCGCUCAGCCUUUGAAUAUUGUGGUCAGAAAUGUUCAGCUUGCUCAAGAAUAUAUGUUCCAAGGUCUUUGUAUGAGCCUAUCAAGAGUGGACUACUGGAAGAGCGUGAUAAGUUGGAGAUAGGUGAUGUUACAAACUUUAAGAUGUUUUCUGGGGCUGUCAUUGACAAAGUUGCAUACAACAGAAUUACAACCUAUAUCAAGAAUGCAAAACAAAAUCCUAAAUGCAAAAUAAUCGGUGGUGGCUCAUUUGAUGAGAGCAUUGGUUACUUUGUUCAACCCACCAUCAUAGAGACAACCGAUCCUCUUGACAAGUGCAUGGUAGAUGAAAUUUUUGGCCCGGUGCUCACUAUGUAUGUUUAUGAGGACCAGGAUCUUGACAAGACCAUGGAGCUUAUUGGUUCUUCAACCAAAUAUGCUUUAACGGGUGCUAUAUUUGCUAAAGACCCAGGUUUCCUUGAAAGAGCUCUGGAGGAGCUGAAGGUAACCGCAGGUAACUUCUACAUCAAUGACAAGUCAACAGGCUCAGUGGUGGGACAGCAACCAUUCGGUGGUGGCCGCAUGUCUGGCACCAACGACAAGGCAGGCGGACCCAACUAUGUGAUGAGGUGGACCUCACCCCAGUCCAUCAAGGAGACCUUUGUACCUUUACGCGACAUUGAUUACCCAUACAUGAGGGAUUAA